UUGAUCUCGAGGAUGGUGAGUGCCUGGGUGAAAGAUCUGGUGGAUCAGUAUGAAAGGGCAUUGCCUCAAGCAGAUCCCCGUUCAAGAAACUGGCUGUUGCUGUGCAACUCACCAAUCCCAGUAUGGGUGCUGACGGCGGUAUACCUGGGCUUCGUGGCAAUUGGCCCACGGGUGAUGAAGGACAGACAACCUCUGAAAAUGUCCACCUUUUUAGUGGUCUAUAACCUUGGCCUUGUUUUCUUGUCUGUCUACAUGUUUGUUGAGAUAAUACUGAGUGCCUAUGAUGCAGGGUAUGACUUCUUCUGUGCCAAGUACAACAAAGACUCCUGGACCAACCCAAGAGAAACGAGGGUGGCUCGUGUCCUGUGGUGGUAUUUCUUCUCCAAGGCCAUCGAGCUGCUGGACACUGUGCUAAUGAUCCUGAGGAAGAAGAAUAACCAGGUGACGUUCCUGCACGUGUUUCAUCACGCCUCCAUGCUCAACAUCUGGUGGUGGGUGAUGAUGUUCAUUCCAGGGGGACUGUCUUAUUUUGGCAGUUGUUUGAACUGCCUUGUACAUGUUGCAAUGUACACAUACUAUGGCCUCUCAGCCAUUCCUUCACUCCGGGAAAAACUCUGGUGGAAAAAAUAUAUAACAAAGUUUCAACUUAUACAGUUUGUGAUAACUUUUUCACACACAGCCUACUCUCUAACCCUCUCCUGUGAUUUCCCGCGCUGGGGGCAGUACCUCCUCUCUAGCUACAUGGUUGCCAUGGUUAUACUGUUCGGGAAUUUCUACAUCCAGACAUAUAGACGCUCAAGGAGACUUGCACACAAAGACAGUAAAUCCGCCGUAAACAAUGGCACCACCCCAGGAGCCAAUGGAAUCAAGGAGCACAAGAAUGGUGGCAGCCAUCUUAAAGGAGACACCAAUGGGUACCUUCGUAACAGAGUGAAGGAGCAGUGA